CACCUAGAAGCCACCUGUACAUGUUUAUCUAAGGACUAUACUCGCAUUCUUUUUAUUAACCUUUUGAAGACAUUAAGUCUUGCAUGUUAACAGAUCGAGACAUGCCAUUAUCUGUCGGACAGCGUCUGAAGUCAGGAUGGAAGUCCCUCAGUAUUGAUCAUAAGAUUUUAAUGCUAAUGUUCAAGGGCUCGAUACCGGUGGCAAUCUCGUUGUCGUUCUAUCAAAGCACUCCUGUGUCAGAAACGUUUACCUCACUAGGAUUCCUAGUGGCUAUUAUUGCAGUUGUCACAGUAAACGUGUUGCCGCGUGCGAAACUGCUUGAGUUGACUUUUGGAAUAUGCUCCUUGACUGCCAUAGCUAUCCCACUAGCGAUGUUAGCAACGUGGUCGGGGUUGCAAGCCCGCUUCCACACUGACCCAAACGGCUUACAUGCGUAUAAUUCAUCGCAGAGUGCAAUCACCGCUAUCUGGCUCACUUUUCACAUCUGGGUGAGUAACAGUAUUCAAGCAAGAUUCCCGGCGCUCCUUAUUCCCACGAUAUUGUACAACAUCUUCAUGAUCGUGCAAUUCACCUCUUGCUCAGUCUUUACCACCUGGAAAGAGUGCUGGGAUCUGAUAUACCUCACGGUUCGUUGUUACUACACCGGUAUCGCCAUAUCCUUUUUUUCUGGACUGUUCUUUUACCCUACAACCUGCCGGACGGAGAUCUUUGAGGUUCAAGAGAAAUAUAUCCUUUGCACACAACGAGCUUUGAGCGAAUCCAUCAAUUACCUAACCCAACUAUCAACAACUCCUACAUUUCCGUUCAUUUCAGGUCAAAGUUCCGGUCAGAGUGCAAGUCAGAGUGACAGCAACGAUGGGGCUGAUGCGCAAGGGCGACACGACCAAGCUGAAAAAAGUUUAAAAAAGCAAGUAUCCAGCGUUAAAGAGCUAUACACCAAGAUGCAUGAAGAGCUGGUGAUGGCGAAGCGCGAGAUUGCUUGGGGAAAGCUACGUACCCAAGAUCUGGAUGCUAUCAGCGACUUGUGUCGACGCAUCCUCAUGCCAGUUGGCGGCAUGUCCCACCUCCCAGAUAUUCUCAAGCGCAUCGAGGAAAAUGGAGGCUGGGUUCCCUUCGAUACUCAAGUGGAGCAAGAACAGGUCUCCGAAUCAAAUGACCCCGCCGACAAGGCUAAAAGCUUUCAAGAGUAUGACAGAAUAUGGCAGAAUGCAGUUGGCUGUUUGGUUGAGCCUGCAUCUGACCUGGUCAAGGCUGUCAAUGAUGGACUUGAACAUGCCGGCCUACAAAUGGAACUCAUUCCCAGACCAGGAGCUAAAGGUUUUAUACGUCGAAUGCUUGGCACUAGAUGCAAUAAGCUAGCCGACACCGAAUCAAAAGGCGGCGGAAAUGAGCCUGGUAGCCCUGAAUUUUCAAAGGUGCUUGAGGAAAAGCUUAAUAACUUCUCCAAGGACAGAGUUGCCUCCUUGAAUGCAUGGGUUGAUAAUGGGCGUCUCCCUACAGAUCUGGAAACUGAUCUGCAUAAGUCCAAUGAAGGCGGUGACGACGAGCGUCUUAGUCCUGACAUUCUCCACAGGGAUCGACAACAGCUCUAUCUUCUCCUGUACAUGCAACAAAUGUUAUAUUCUGCUGGGAUAUCUGUGCUUGAGUUGUGCAAGUUUACAGACGAAAUAGUCGCCAAAGGCGUAAUGACCCGAAAUCGACUUAUUGUUCCCUCCCUCCGCAGAGUUUAUAAAUGGCUGCUCAGCAUCUUCGACACGGCCGACCAGGCUCUAGCUGAUGACGACCGACCGGGCUCAAAGAAGGAGGCGACGCUGGUAUUUGGACAGUCUACUCGACAAACGCGUAACAUCGAACACCUUCCGCCUACUAAUGCUUACGAGAGAUUCGGGGUUAAGAUCCAAAGAUUUCAAGGAUUUCUCAAGGGGCCCGAGUUCAGCUUUGGCUUCCGAUCAGCUUGCGCAACCAUGUCGUGUGCUAUUAUCGCCUACCUUGAACCAACGCAGGCGCUGUUCAUACACUACCGCCUGAUCUGGUCCGUCAUCAUUGCAGCAAUUGGGGCGAAUAUGUCUGCUGGGCAAUCCGGCGUUUCUUACAUUCUUCGAAUCCUCGGCUCGUUUGCAGCUUUGAUUAUCUGCUAUCUGGUUUGGUACAUUCCAGACGGUCACACAGCAGGGGUCAUUGUUUUCAUGUGGUUUGCGGCUUUCCUCCAGAUGUACUUUUUGAUUAGGUGGCCCCGGUACAUCAUUGGAUGGUUAGUCGUGUUUAUUACCGAAGUUCUCUCAAUCGGCUAUGAGACCCAAGUGAACAAGAUAGGCGUCGAAGCGGCAACUUCAGCGGGUGUCAUCUACUAUAAACCUUAUUCUGUUGUUGCCGUACGCGUUGCUUGUGUCUUGUGGGGGACCUGCGCUUCCAUGUUCUUCACUUACCUGCCGUAUCCCAUCACAGCUAGAGGCAUCUUGCGUAGGAAUAUGGCGGCCAUUAUGCACUUAGUUGGCAAUUACCACACAGUAGUGCACACGACCUUGAAGACUCGACUUCGCGGGACGGAGGGGGACGUGGCUGACAAGAAGAGCCAAGGCCACUUGCUCUCGCGGACCCGCAGAGCAAUGUUUAACAAGACGAUGAUCUUGAACUCAUCUGUCAAGCACAACGUCUACCUCCAGAAAUACGAACCUACACUGGGAGGUAAAUUCCCUGUUGUGAUUUUUUCCGACAUUAUCUCACAACUUGGAAUGCUACUAGACUAUAUCGCUCUCUUGUCAUAUUCCACUCAAGCAUGGUCAUUGCAUGGGCCUCACUCGCAAUAUUACCAUACUUCAACGCGUACACGAGAAUGGACGGAAGAUCUUGCUAGCCUUCUUACCUCAACUAAUGUGCUAGAAGAGAGGGUCACUGUUGUUCUAUAUCAGCUUUCAGGUGCGGUUGCAACUGGCCAGCCACUGCCGAGCAGGAUCAAGCCCGGAAAAUUAUAUCAGCUUUCGAAAAGAUUAUCACAGCUAGACCCUGCGAUUCUGGAUAUACGACAUAUACAGGAUCUUGGUUACUCGACCUACGCUGUUGUUGAAAUGAUUUCUAACAUGAUCAAUCACCGAGUCAAUGUCCUUACUCAAAGCAUCGAAAACCUGGUUGGCAUCACGUAUUUCGACGUUGACAAGAUGUAUUCCAUAGAACACGGAGAGCUUGAGGAAUAGUUUGUGUAUAUAACGUAUAUAAUAAGCGAACCGAUCAGGCACGCGAGCCGAUGAAAAAUCUCAACCUAACGAGAAGGGCAGUGGUAGUUUGGGCCAAACUACUAGUUACGGUUCAGGGGCAUAGACUAAUAAAAAUGCAGGCCAGCACGCAGGGGUAGGUACAGGAUGCAAACAGGGGGCUAAACUACUAUCUUGCAUUAUAGCUAAUUAGGAUUAAGUAUAAUAGUUAUAGUUUCUAAG